AUGGCGCAACCGCCACCAGAUCAAAAUUUUUAUCAUCAUACAUUGCCGCAUGCACAUCCACACCCGCAUACACACGCACAGCAUCCACAGCUGCAAUUGCCGCCACAAUUUCGCAGUCCCUUCGAUUUACUUUUUGAUGAGCGCACGGGCGCCAUAAACUAUAAUUACAUACGUCCCUAUCUGCCAAAUCAAAUGACCAAACCAGACGAGCUGUCCGAGUCACUGGUAAUGCGACGACCGCGGCGUACUCGCACCACAUUCACCAGCACACAGAUUGCAGAGCUGGAGCGGCACUUUCUACAGGGACGUUAUCUCACAGCGCCACGGCUGGCCGAUCUGUCGGCCAAGCUAGCUUUAGGCACAGCACAAGUGAAGAUUUGGUUCAAGAAUCGUCGACGACGCCAUAAAAUUCAAUCGGAUCAGCACAAGGAUCAAUCAUACGAUGGCAUGCCACUAUCGCCCUCAAUGCCCAAUGCGCCAUUGAAGGGCACCGAUGCGGAUCCGCCCAGCCUGCAGGCGCUAAGCCUUGGAAACAGCGCAGCUACGCCAAAUGCGUUAACGCCAUCGCCAACGCCCUCAACGCCAACGGCACAGCUCGCAGAGCAAUACAGCGAGUCCUUCAAUGCCUACUACAGCAACUACAACAGUCAUCAGCAGCAGCAACAGCAGCAGCGAUCUGUAACCCAAAUGCAUACGCAGUAUACAAACAAUAGUGCUGCCCAAUUCUUUCAGCAGCAUGCGAAUCCAUUGGCACAGCAGCAAGUACAUCAGCAGGGACCGCCACAACAGUCAAUACACCAUCACCACAUGAUGGCACAACAGCAGCAGCAGCAGCAGCAACAACAACAGCAACAACAACAGCAGCAGCAGCAAUAUCAUCAUUUUGCCAACGCCUGUCGACUGCCUCUGAUCAAGGGCGACAACGAGGCGGACUACAACUUCAAUGGGUCGUAUUAUAUGCGAACCACAGGACUGCCUUUGCCGGGUGUCGCUGCCAGCAUGCCGGCGGCCGUCGAGGCCGUGACGUCUGCGCUCUCGCCUGGCUCCGAGGUCUAUGAGCCAUUAACACCAAAGAAUGACGAAAGUCCUAGUCUGUGUGGCGCUGCUCCUGGUGGUGGCGGCGGCAUCGGUGUUGGCGGUCCCUGUGCCACAGCUGUCGGCGCCGCCGCCGAUGUCACCGACGACAUGGACGAUGGAUCGAAUAAGAAAACGACGACGCUACAGAGCUUGGAGCCUCUCAAGAGCAACAACAACAUCAUUGCGGACAAAACCUGUGACGAUGGCAGCGAUGCCCUGGGCGCAGGACUACUCGCUGUGGCACGCGGCAACCUCAUCAGCUGCAGCAGCAACGCGGCUGGCAGCGCCUUUGGCAAGUUCGGCAAGCUUACAGCGCCUGGCACUCAUCCAGCACAGGAGGCCAUGCACGAUAUGAACCAAUACCAAUGCACGAUGGAUACGAUAAUGCAAGCGUAUAAUCCACAUCGUAACACCGCAGGCAACACACAGUUUGCCUACUGUUUUAAUUAA